CGCCAAUGUUAAGCAGAACGCCCACUAAUCAUGGCUACAGUCUUUAAUCUUCAUUCUGUUUCGUGCCCUCCACCCGUCUAAUGGCGUCGUCCAAACGCAAAGGCGCACCAUCUUCAAGAGCUUCACCUCCAAAGCGACGGAAGCGCGGGUCUACUAGAGCAACUGCGCAACAACGAUACAGGUACACUGAACCUAGUGACAGCGAAGACACCACCGAAGGACCCGAGUUCAAAGCCGACUGCAUCUUACAAGAGAGGCGGAGAAACAAGAUACUUCAAUAUCUCGUCAAGUGGGACUGUGUUGACCCCAAGACUGGCAAUAUCUACGACCCAGAGUGGGUAGACGCCAAAGGGGCGAACGAACUUCUCGUCGCGUCGUGGAAGCAGGAGAAGGCUAAGAGGAGGAGGCAGACAGCAGAGAGUGCAUCGCAAACGUCCACAUCGGGAAGCACUGCGAGUGCUAGAGGCAAGGCGCAAGCCAGGACGCAACACGCGGAUACAGAGGCAGAAGCCCACUCGCCGACGCCACAUCCACCACGAGUAGCGAACAAGUCGCGGAGAGCACCUGUCGUUGAGAGUAGCCCUGAGCCAGACACAUCACGCUCGUCUUUUGACUCCUCCGCACCCUCUACACCAGCUCGCGCAGCACGACCUAGUGAGUCUGCGACUCGUAUAUCACCGCGCGUACGAGUUGUUCCUAGGGGGGACAGCUUCGAACCAGGCGACUUCGACGCGUACUCGCAGCUUCCCGACACACAAACACAAACCCAAGAGAGCAACCUCGACAGCUCGCAGCUGUUCGCCGUAUCACGAAACAACUUAUCUCCGGGUAUCGUGCCGGAUUCGCAAAGCUCGGCGGGCGAAGCGAGCUACGUCCUCACGACACAGGCGACUGGCACACAGCUACAGAGUACAGGCACAAGCGGGGAGCACGAGGACGUAGAAGAGGAGGACUCGGGCUUACUUGACAUUGAUCGAGAAACGUCGCGCAGCCCCUCGCCUGCUCUGUCAAUUCCUGAAACAAUCGAAGGUACGGAGUGUGUCGAGGACGAGCAGAGCCAAAGGGAAAUCGCGGGACUCGAGCUGGAGAGAGAGGUACCAGACACAAUUGAGAUUGGUGAGGAUACGGAACAAGCUGUCCACACAUCUGUCGAAGAGGAGCUACAAGAAAACGGCAUCGAAAGUGUUCUUAGUUCUGCGGAAGGUGCACCAAAGCCUGUUGUGCAGCCAGAAAGUCAGUGGCAAGCGGAAGACACCACUACCCAGGAGGACAUUGUUCGGGCCGAGAACGAAGCAGUCAAAGUCCGCCUGGACGUUUCAUCAAAGACAGCAGUGCACUUAGAAAGCCAAGUGGAGAUCGACAAUACUACGGCCCUAGAUCAUUCCGAACUACUUGAUUCUACCGCAGAAGUUGCGCCGCCUGACGAAGAAAGCACAUCUCAGGACGUCGUGCAAUUGCAGGAUCAGCACCAAGGCCACGCGAAUAUUCCUCUGGAGCAUCCUGUGCAAGUUGAUCACAUUCAAAGUCUUCCGCAGUUCGCCCAAAAGGUUACGUCGCAAGCCGUUGUACCAGCGGAUAGUCAAGAGGAAGACGACUGUUCCACGCAGGAGGAGACACUUCUUGAGUCCGUCGAGGUUGUUGUGGACGCGGCCCAGGAAGUCGCUUUCCAACGACAAGAAAGUGAGACAAGUGAAUCUAUCACGCAAGACGAGAAUCAAGUAUUAGUCGCAGAAUCACAGGUUUCGCCUCACGAGAGUUUUAUCGGUGUUGACAUCGGCCCCGCUCAAGUCAAGCAGCUCGUUGGCACAAACAAACAGAGCAAUACAAGAGAACCUCGAAAUACGGUUGUCGAGGCACACGGACCUCAGCCGUCCCAAACGAUUGGUCGCGACAGCCAAUCGACCGAGCAAUCGGUAACUCAGGACGUUUCACAGUUCCCAUUCCACUCACAACUCCCACUUCACGACUUGAGAUCACAGCAAUCUAAGAACAUCUUGCCUACUGAUAAGCUUGGCAUUUCUUGGGAGCGAAAGGUUGCAAGUCGUACUGCAAUCGCCGAGACUAGCGCGAGGCUGAAGGACGCAUUUGUACACGGUCAUAAAAGUGCAAUUGAUCCACUAGAUUCUCGCAGCCUGCAUCAGUCGUUGGUUCAGCGCCCGUUGAAGCCAGAGAACCGACUGGACGACUUGCUUAGUGGACUACCUCAAUCUGAGCACGUUCGCGGUCAAUCGCCGUCAUCGAUACAGAACAGACUCGAAUCGGCUGCUCAGACAGUGAACGCGCUACAAGUUGUGUCGGAAGAGGUUGCCGAGCCUUCGCAGCCGCCUCGCUCAACUGGACAAUCAACACAGGCCCGCGAGCAAAACGCGCAGAUCGUGCCAACAGGCAUUUAUCUUGGCACGCAAGAGGACACGACAGACAGCCUUGCUCGAUCACGUUCAUCAUCACGCCACGACUCCUCACAAGAGACGCCAGAGCGUUGCCUAAAAUCCGUGGAACUCAGUUCGUCACCUAUACCGCAUCCACCAGGCCAUUCGCUUAACACGUUCGAGUCCAACGUCCCACCUAGGUUCACGACGCCGGCGCCCACAUCAUCCGUAUCUACAAUGGAGAACCAGGAUGCGAGUAAGUCUGUCGAGCAACGGCUCAAACAGAUAUUGGACAAGAAGCACGCCGACAAACCUUUCAUACCUUCGAGACGAUCAAUAGCUAGACCGACUGCGUCGCCAGCUUCGACGCCUAGGCCCGUGUCUGCGAUUCUAGAAGGUACAAGAAGUCCCUCAAUCGUUCCCGACAGAGCACCUGUGCCUCAAGUCCAGACCAGCCUAAGAACUGUGGUGUUUGCGAAUAAUGGAGAGAUUCCAGCGGAAGAGUCGGAAACGACAACACAACUAGAGCCCAUCCUCACCCCUCGACUCGAGCAACCCACGAAUGUACUGCCUGACCAAGCUACUACUUCCACGCACGAGGGAACUGCGCUCAUCGACGCGGUCACAGACAAGGACGUGCCGCCACAAGACCUCCUCGUACCUGAACAUGAACACAACAUAAUUCAGGGAUUUGCCGCGCCUUUGGACCCUUCUGCUGGCAUGCAAACUGACGAUGAAGAGUUGAGCGACGCCGAUGAUAACGAGAGCCUUCUGAACGAUGAUUUGUCCCUUGGCAGGGAGGAGUAUAUCGUGCCCCUCUUCAUCAAAAAUCGCCAGCGCGGAAUGUAUGUUGAGCAUAUGAAGCUAAAAAAGGAUCUUGUGGACGGGUUUCUGAAAGACCCGCUAGACUUCGAACCUUUCAGUGAAAUAGUUGGUGUGCUCGAUCACUUGAAAUCCGUUGAGACCCAUAUCGACCUCGUCUUCGCCGAAGCCGAAUCAACAGACGCGUAUUCGGCCACACAAGUCGAACACGCGGCGCAAUUUGGACUCAAUAACUCUAUCAAAUUCAGUUUCUUGCACACACUAUUCUAUGAAUUGCGAGACCAUGGAAAGCACGUUGUUCUUGUUAUUGAACAGAACAAUGACGCCUUAUUUUCCAUCAUCGAGACGUUCUGCAAAGCGAAAUUCAUCGGGUAUCGCAUGCCAACGAAGGGCAAGCAGGCUAACCCGGCGAAUAUCGUAGGCGAUUUGAAGGUCACAGUGUUAUCGAGUGGAGAUUCACCUAUCAUACGCGUUGCCGACUUGAUCGUAUGUCUCGACGGUGUACAACAAGCAGAGCAAAUCCGGCAAAAGAGCUGGUCUGCGGCACCUGACUCUGGCUCUGGCUCUGGUCUUGCACCAAUCAUUCAUCUAGUAAUACCCAGGACGGUUGGGCACAUCGAGCGCUACAUCUCGUCUACGCUUGACGCCAGGAUACGUGUCCAUACUAUUCUGGCAAGCCUAGCACAGAUGCGCGAAGAAGUCGGAACACCAAUUGACAAUGAUACACCGCGGGCGCCUAUCGCUGCUACGCAAGUAGCCGAGUGGCUUAUUGCUGAGAACAACGAUCGGGGCUUACACUGGCCUUUACCUUCUAUAGGAAGUGUCAAGGACGUGAUCGAGUUUCAGACGCAGGUUUCACAGGCAUCCACGACGGAAUCGACAGCGGAUUCGACAACGGAAUCGCCGGCCCCUGAGCGCUUGAAACGACCGCUAGACGAUGAAGAACUCGAUCCGGUAAAACGGAUGCGCUUCACUCCACAGCCACCCCACGCUAUGCCCAGCUCAAUCGUGGGUCUCGGGAAUGAGAUCACUCACGUUAGUGACUCGAUGCCAGGCACUGCAGUAGACGAGGUUUCAAGGCUGCGCGAAGAACUAGCACGCAUAGAGGACGCCCACAAACAAGAGCGUGCCGCCGCUCGUAAGGCAGAAGAGCAGCGGUUCCGCGAACAUGAAGCGUUGUGGGAUAACCGACAAACAGUUUAUGAGGAUCAAACUCGUGAUUACCGUGCUCUACUUAGCACAAGCAAGACCAAGGACACCAAGCUCGAAACAGCGAACAAGACCAUCGAAACUUUGCGAGAGCGCCUUGCUACACGCACAACGGAAAGCCAGGCUUUCAGCGCGCGGCUAGAGGAGCAACUAAACCUAUCUCUCCUGAACGAAGACGAGAGGAUCUCGAAAUUCGCACGCCAGGAUAAAGACCUCGCACAGGCAUGCCUCGACCGCGACCGCGCCCUCAAAUCCUCACAGUCCACCGACGCCCUCCACGAAUACACAAAAGAACAGUAUCGCCUCGCGCAAGACGCCGCCUCCAGUGCCUCAGCGCGCAUAACCGCGCUCGAGAGUGAGAACGCUAAACUCGCGCGCCAGGCUUCCAGCGAGACAACGCGCCUUAGGCAAUUGCACCUCGAUCACCGCGGCCGGGAUUUAGAACAGCAGCUCAAGAGUGAAAAGGCUGCAAAUUCGAAUCUGAAGCGCAUCCUGGCGCAGAAGGAAGAUGAGAUCUCCAGGCUGAGAAGUUCGGGGGCGGGCAGAAUGGGCGUGGGGACUCGCGCGAGUAGUGCUACGCCGCAGCCUACCAAGACGCGCUCGAGGGCUGCGAGUCCGUUGGGGGGCAGACUGAGUAGUUUGAGGAAUGGGUAGUGCGGUGCGGUGGAGAGGGGGUGGGCUCGCUAGAGAUUUUACGAUAUACCAUGAUGUGGGGAUCUUGCAUUCAGGAUCCGGAUUUGGCGGGUUCGGUUUACUGGGGACUUGGGUUCCGAGAUGAUGAAUGCAUUGGAGAUGGAUAUUGCUAGUUUAGCCUUGGCUUGGCUGAUGGGCUGAGGAGGUGACUUGUCUAGAAACUCUUGUCAAACCAUGUUUUCAUGUCUUCCCCCCAAACGUCAAUGACUGGACAAUGGCUGGGUUGAUGACAUAAAUAUACUCUCUCUCCCCG